CCUUUUUGAAUCAGGCAACCCCAAUCAAUUGUCACAUCAUUUUGUGUAUAAUAAUUUUUUUCAGUGGGCGCGGUUUUUCUUUUUAUCAGUUUCCCCACUGAAAAAAAUGUAAUCUAUCAUCAUCUAAAGACUGAUUUCCUCACUGCCCAACUCAUACAUAUCUCCAAACCUAAAUUCCCACCGCAAUUAUGGAAUCCAGCGAACUGGAGAUGUUUGCUGAAGUGAAGAUGGAUACCAGGGAGAAGCACAUCGAUUACCUGAACUUGCGCACGUGGACCAAAUUCUUCCUCAAAGUGGAGAAGAUGAGAUCCUUUCCGUGUUACUUGAGAAUUUCCAUGAUGCAUAGCAAAGAUGAUAUUAGCACCAACAUGACUAUCAAAAUUAAUGUUCCCGGAAUUAAUGUACAAAUGGCUUCAUCGCGGAAAAAGCAACAUAUCUGUAGUCUUUCUUGGACUUACAAUCAGCGCUGCACAAUUUUCCUGAGUUUCGAUUCUCAGCGGAGUUGUGAGGACCAUGUCAAUUGGCUGCGAAUGGCCAUUAGGGACCUGGAGCAGUACAGUCAGGAAUUUAUAGCGUCCAAGAGAGAAAGUCGAACGUCUGCACUGACUUAUGAGAAUAUCUGGGAGACUCGAGGGAUGCGAUCGUAUGGAGAUACACAGAGAUCAUCCUGCACUUCGGGGAUCUAUGAGGAGAUUCCCGAUGCUACUCAGCGGAGAAAUACUGCUCCGAGAGCUUCAAUUGCAUCGGGAAUCUAUGAGGAGAUGCUUCCAGUGUCCGAUGAGGGAGUCAAGAAGGAAGAUCAGAUGCCACCACCAUUGCCACCAAGAACAAGGAUAAAUACCUAUGAGAAUGAGAUUCAUCGAUCAUUCACAAAUCCAGAGUCCGAGAAUCUCAAGAAGAAGCGCUACCGAGCAAUGUUGGACAGUGUUUUGGGCCUGGGAAGGAGAACGUCAAAGGAGAAGAAGGGCAAGAAGGCUCAGAGUCCAGCAAGUCUCACGACGAAAUUUUUAAGUUUGGACAUCACUCAGGGACAGAGAAAUAGUUUCUCGAGUCCGAAUCUCACGAAGAUCACGCGGAGUGUUUCGGAAUCCGAUGCCAUGGAACAGUUUCAGUGCGGAGCGAGUCUUUCUGAUGAUUUCUGGUGUCAUGAAACUUAUUUGAAUACCGUUUCGUCGCAGCCGGAGACAAAGGUGCCGUUUGACGAUGGUGAAGAGGGAAAGAUCUCUCGGAGGUCCUCAAUAGAGAAUCUCCUGGAAGUCAGUGAAACGCCAUCUGGUGGGCAUCUGAGGCAGAAUUCGGUGGAUUGUCGGAUUGGAAGUUCGCAGGAGGAGGAACAGGAGCCUCAGGAGAAAGAUGGAAGUGUCAAUGGAGCUUUCAAUGGUAUUUACUUCAAGUUCCAGGAUGAAAGGAAGCCAGAAAAGUCACCUGCUGCUGCCAAUCCGGAAGGAUAUCUUGAAAUGGGGCCCAUUGGGUUCAAUAGGGCCAAGGUCCGGGAACUGGAUGAGCUGGAACAGAAGAAACCUGAUCUGUCGGGGUAUGUGGAAAUGAAUGGCAAUGGAUUUAGUCAGGAGGCUGUUGAGGAGUUGGAUCGUCUUGAAGCUGACCGGGAUAUUGUGUCCAAUGUGACUUUUUCAAGAGGAUGUGACUCUCCGGCUGAUCCCAGUCGCACGAUGUCGCCAGAUGAGAAGCGAGAGCUGCAGCAGGAAGUGCUGAGAGACCUAGAGACGCCUCCGAAGCGCAUUAAUGCAUUUGAUGAGAAGAUACCGUCCUACUUUCCCAAUGAAAUUGUCCGGAGGAACAGCAGUAGCAGGAGUCUGGUGAGAGAAGGCAAGAGGCGGUACCAGAAGAGUCCGGAAGUGAUGAGACAGGCAAAAUCAUUGAAUGGUGAUGUUCAGCUGGCCAAAAGGAAGCCAAUUGCAAGGUUAUCGGAAGAUUCUGCGGAUGUCCGUCAGAAUUCCCAAGACAAUUCCACGGAAAGUCGGCUGAAUGUCCAAUCUCUAACGGAAAAAUGCGCCACUCUCUCAAGGCUCAGUCGAUGUUCCCUCAGAGCUGAUAUUUCCUCAGGCCUGAGACGCUUUGCAUCCCUCCCACGCUUCCGGAAACUCGAUCUGACGCCCCUUAAAACGAAAAUUUCCAGCGUUCUGCAGCGAUAAACCCACCAGGUAACUUUUUCUCAGAAAUCCUCAAAAUCGGAUAUUUUCGGAAAAAUCUGCGGAUAUCCGUUAGAAUUCCCCAGAAAAUUCCGCGGAAUUUCGAUUGAAUAUUCUUUACCCUAUAACUAUAAAAUCUGCCUUUAACUUUCGCUACGAAAUGUUGCUUUUUCGGAAAAAUCUGCGGAUAUCCGUUAGAAUUCCCCAGACAAUUCCGCGGAAUUUCGUUUGAAUAUUCUUUACCCUAUAACUAUAAAAUCUGCCUUUAACUUUCGCUACGAAAUGUUGCUUAUCAAUGUGCUUUCAUCGAGAAAAAACAAUGACCAAAAUGCGUAUCAAAGUUUUUUUUUAAUGCAAAAAAAUGAGCUCAAAGAAUUAGUCUAGACAUCGCAUUUAUUAUAAAAGAAAAAUUAUAAUUAAUAAAUAAAAUUAGCAUGUAGAAAUAUUGAUCUCAAGCUGAAAAUUUUGCAAAAUGGCGGAUUUUUUCUCGCCAAAAAAACUGUGAUUUUUUAAAUGUACAAAGGGAAUAAAUCAAUUUAUGAAUAAAAUAGCAUAAUUUUCGGCUAAAUCACAGAUAAACAAUUUUUUCUAUUAAAAAUAUUGCAAAGAAUGACUCGAGAGCUUUUUUUUGAAAGAAUAAUUAGAGAAAAAAAACAUAAAGUGACUAAUAUAUUGGAUUCAAUGACGCUUUAUGUGAAUGAAAAAACAAUUUGCAAUUAGCUCAAGAAGGCACACGCAAAAAAAAUUGGUUUAUAAACUUGCUCAAUGCGUUCGUUUUUCUGUUUUUUUUUUUUGUAAAUCUUAGAAAUUCUCACCGCAGAAACAAUAAAAGAGAGAAUUUUUUUGAGAAGAAGAAGAAAAAAUAAAUGCUUGAGGUGCGAAUGAGAAUAAUGUGAUUAAUUAAACUGAAUUUCGAAAAAAAAGCGUAUAGAAAAAAUGAUAAUAAAUAUUUAGUAGAAUAAAAUGCGUAAUUUAUAAGAAAAAACACAAAUGAAAUAUGGAAUAAAACAAAAAAUGAAUAUGAA